CGGAGUUCCUCUCCUUGAAUCUGCCACCUUGUUCUAUGCGCUGGCUGCGCAAGCGCACACCCAACCUGCCGCUGAUAAAUAAAUGAAAUAAACGGGUGUGUGUUUGCGCAGUCGGUGCAUAGAAAACGCAGCAAAGGCGGCAGCAGAUUCAAGGAGAGGGACUCUAACUUUUGGACUCUUGCCUUUCCUGGCAGCCAGCCACUGGAAGAAAGUAUCAACAGAAGUGCUUUGAAGUUAAUGUUUCACAUUCCAUAGAAUAUAGAACAGCUUUUAAUGGCUUUGCUGUUCCUCAAGAAGCAAGAGAAAAAUCAUGACAUAUCCUAUGACUGUGAUGGUGAACCUAUAUCACGUGUGCCCAAGGUGGCACGUAGAGCUGUCACCCAACUCACCUCACACACAUUAGAAGAGCCACGCAUUAGCACAGAUGGCACACAUGUGCGUGAAGUGCAUACCUGUUUGGCACUCGCAGUGAAUUCUAAAAGGCAUGCACUUCAAUAAGAUAAGACUUUCAUUCAGCACCUGCUAGUAGUGAAAUAAAGUUCAAACACAGAAAUGAGACACGUGGCCGGAUGAAGAAAAAGGGGCCGGGAUAGCUCAGGAAGUAGAGAAGCCUGUUAUUAGAACACAGAGCCUGCAAUUACUGCAGGUUCGAGCCCGGCCCAAGGUUGACUCAGCCUUCCACCCUUUAUAAGACAAUGCCUUUUGACAAUUGUCCAACAUCUUCCAGAUCAUGGCAAUAUCUAAAGUAUUGUUGGUUUUAAACUUACUUUUCUCUAAGAUCCCUCAAAGCCUUCUUUCUCAUCGGUGCUUAGCUAAAAAGCCAGGUGUCAUAAUGUGUUCUGGGCAUGUAUGGAUAGAACCAGCCCCAAUCAUUCAAAUGGGCCAAAAUGUUUCUAUAAAUUGUCAUUGCAUGGAAAACUGUCAGAAAGGGAAACUAUCUCUGAGCUUAAAUAACGCCGAUGUUGAGGAUACACUCCUGUCAGUUAUAAACCAAACUACAGUUCAGCUCAACCUUCAGAAUUAUAAUGAGCCCUUCUCUACAGUUUCAUGCUUUCUCAAAAGUUCUAAAAGCCGACUGAUCUGUGGAACACAAUUUUGCAUGGGAUAUCUGCCUGACAAACCAGCCAAUUUAACCUGCAUUAAACCUGAGCAAUCAGAUAAUAUGGUCUGCACUUGGAAACCAGGAAAGAAAACACAUUUAAACACUAACUACAUUCUGUAUGUGAAUAGUUUAUUCACAGAAGAGAACAAAGAAUUUGUCUCAAACAGUAGCUCAGUUAUCAUUCCAUUGAAUCAACUACAGAAAAACCAAACUUUUUCCAUCUCGGUCCACGCUGAAAAUUACUUGGGUGGAAUUCAUUCUGAAGAACUUCAUGUUGAUCUCAACGCUAUAGUAAUACCAGCUGUACCUGUUGUUGUUCAAAAUAAAACAAUGGAGUCUCCAGGAUUCAAGACGAUAAUACAUUGGAAAAGGCAAACAGCAAUCAAUGAGACGUAUUGUGAGGAGCGAUAUAAGGAGACAAUAAGGGAAACUUGGCAUGUGAGAGACUGGAAUGCUAAUUUAAGUAAUGAACUUAACACCGAGUACAACUUAGAUGCAAAUACAAAGUAUGAGUUUCAAAUUAGGUGCAAACUAACUCACCCUAGAAGCCUGUGGAGCAGAUGGAGUGAAUCUGCAGUAUAUAUUACUCCAGAGAAAGAACCAGCUGCGGUACUUGAUGUAUGGAGGAAAUUCGGGCCAGUUUAUCCCAAUAGUACCCAAGAAGUGACUGUCUUGAUCAAGCCGCUGUCUCCAAAGGAAAGCAGAGGAAAAAUUCUGAAUUAUAGAAUAUUUUAUGAAAAACAAGGAGAGAAGGUGGAUUUAUGUAAAACAACAGAAAUACAUUGCAAAGUGAUGGUGCCCCCAGCAGUGGCCAUUAUUUAUGUGACAGCACACAAUUCCAAAGGAAGUUCCAAACCUGCAAAUAUUAUAGUGAAACAACCGCCUCACAAUUACCAAGCUUUCCCACCCCCUAUUAAUAUCAAAAUAUUCACUGAUAAACAGAAAGGAAUUUCUGUUAAAUGGGAACCUCCUAAAUCUAUUGGAAAAACACUUUUAUGGUACAUAGUGGAAUGGAUUUCUGCAAACGUCAGUCAUUUUCAUCAUAGCAUUGUUGCGUGGAAGAAAGUCCCUUUCCAAAAUACAUCAACUUCUAUUGAAGAAGACAUCAGAAUGGCAGAGAACUCCGCCAUUUCAGUAUACGCUGUCUAUCAGAAAGGUGUCAGUCAAGCCAGCUCUAUCCAGAAAAAGAAAGAACUCGACAUUUCCCAAGAAAGUAGUCUUGCCAUCACCAGAGCCAAUGAUGAUUAUGAUACUGGGAUUCUGUUGGGAACUGGUGUCGGAGUGGCUUUCUUGUCAAUCUCUGUUUUCACUUUGAUUGCAAUUAAAUCGUGCCGGAAAAGGGUUAACAAAAUGGUUAGUUCAGUAGCACCAAAAUGGCUUUUUGAAGAAUAUCCUAAGAUGCAAAACAGCAAAGUAAUCAAAUAUCUCCAGGAAAAUGAUGCUGAGACGCAUAAUUUUUCCGAGCCAUUUUUGGAUGUUGUGGUAACUGAAGUUGAAGAAAUAUUGACGCAGAACCAUUAUAGGGCUGUGGAGAAAAAAAGGGAGGGAAGCAAAACAGUUUCUGACAAAGUCAGUAGCUCAGAAGAUGUACCAUUGGCCAGUAAUUUGGAUGUGACUGUGAGAAAUGGAUACAAACCUCAGACUUCUAAUAAGGCUCAAUUGGGAACUACUUUCAGCACCGCCAGUGAAACACCUUUUCAAAACUGGGACACCAAAUCAAAUUCGGUAGUUUCGCCCAUAAGUCAUUUAAGGAAAGAUUAUACCAGUCCUGCAUGGCCUGUUGUUGACCCCAAUGAAAAUAAGUCUUUAUUUGAUAAAAUCAGCCUCAUUCUCAGGAAUAGUGGAAGUGGGCAAAGCAGGGUCGGAUCAAAAGAUGAAGACCCAAGCACUCAAAAGGCACACCAGUUGAGGUUUCUGCUUUCGGAUGAAGAUAUUCAAGAGCAGACUUUAAUACCAGAUAAUCUACUUUCUUGCUUAAAAACAAUAAGUGAAGACCGGACCAACAUGUCCUAUUUUCCUCAAAACGCUGUUUACUAUGAGGAUUGAAGAAAAAGAAAAAGGAUAUACGUUUUGCACAAAGAACACAAACUCUGCGUUUUCAAGCAGUGUAACUGAAGGUUCUCCGUUCAUUGUUUGAACAAAAUUGUAAAAAGUAAGUCGCAGCCACAAUCUCAGUUUUCAUCUCUCAGGUUAAUUCAUGUUAAAACAUAUAAAAACAGUUGCUGGAAUUGGGUAUGUCUAGUUUAAUGAAAAGGAGGACUAGGGGUAAUAUGAUAGUAGUGUUCCAAUAUCUCAGGGGCUGCCACAGAGAAGAGGGAGUCAAACUAUUCUCCAAAGCACCUGAAAGCAGAAUUAGAAGCAAUGGAUGGAAACUAAUCAAGGAGAGAAGCAACCUAGAAUUUGAUUCUCCUUGUAAGGAGAAAUUUCCUGACAGAACAAUUAAUCAGUGGAAUGACUUACCACCAGAAGUUAUAGGUGUUUCAUCACUAGAGGUUUUUAAAAAGAGAUCGGAGAGCCUGUUUGUCUGAAAUGGUAUAGGGUUUCCUGCCUGAGCAGAGGGUUGGGCCAGAAGACCUCCAAGGUCCCUUCCAACUCGUCAUUCUAAUUCUAACCUCUAAUUCUAAUGUUUAUAUUGUAAUUAAUGUGUACAUUGAAUUAGGGGAGAUCCGAAAGUCAACUGAAUAAUCUUCUCAGAAGGUAAAAUGAUUUAUGAUAGUUACUUAGACUAUGAAAUGAAACCGCAGUAUAUGAAGCCCAACUUCUUACCCAACAAGGAAGUAUACAACUGAACCAUAGCAACAGGAUGCAUGUACAAGAUAUACCUCAGAGUCAUAAGCAAUAUAAAGGAAGGGGGGGAACCCAGUUUUGAGGAUCAUCCAGAAAAAUCUGACUAAAUCCAGAUAUGUUAUAUCAGCAACCUGACCUACAGAAGGUACAAGAACCUUUACCUUCUUGGCUCUGAAGCCAUCAAAGACCAUGCCAAAUAUCUAUCAUUCUUAAUGGGUGGCAGGAAGUCUCCUCAAAUUUAAGGCUCUGAGGGCCAAAGAAGUUAUUUACCACUAUUGACUACUACUGUGAUGUUUCAUUACCCAGCUAGGUAACAUGAGUUCUGAGAGAGCACCUAUAAUUCCACAGUUCAACCCUGAGCUACAGAUAUUCUCUGCUAUUGGAACUAUUCAGUAGCAGCGAGAAAUAAACUGUUGUGUAUCCUUUUAUUCCCAUCGUAAGGACUCUAAGCAAGAUGUUGCUCAGCAGUCAAGCUUAGCCCUGAAGUUUAGGCGAUGACACAUAUUGCUUCUCUGGGCCAAUUUGGCCUUUCUUGAAAAACUACUGAGCUACUGAGGCUAUUUCUUCACUGUGGAUGAAAGAGCAAACUGCUCUUAUUAUUAUCCUAGGAAUUCUCCUGACCUCAAGGACAUGGAUCCCUCUCUUCCAACCAUCAUUGCACUCCCUCAAAGGAUGAGGAGGUGCAAAGUGUUUCUGGUAUCCAACCAUUAAGGAAGCAUGUUUGCACCAUGCCAUAGAAAUCUACACUAUGACCAUAUGUGGAAUAGAGUAUGUAAUACUGGGUGCCCAAUUGCAAACAUUGUACUGAACAUCUGAAAAGGUUGGAGGAAAGGAGACUGGAAAAACCCACUGUCCAAAUUAGAAAAAAUAAUAGUUUAUGAGAGACAUUUUAGAAUUAUAGACAGUUAUGAUGUAGAGAAAAUGGACAGAGAUGUUGUUGUUAUUUUGUCUUAUAAUACAAAAAUCCAGGGAAACUGAAUGUUGAGGGAUAUGGAACAGUAAAAGAGCAAAACACAUGAAGCAUAGUUGGACUAUAAAUUAACUUUUUCAGAAUGUCACAAUGGCUACCAACUUAGAGGGCUUUAAAAGGAAAUUAAGCAAAUUGAGGGCAUAUUGGUAGAGGGCUACUAGACGCAAUCGUAGUAGGAACUGGUAUUCAGUUGACUGAAUACCAGUUCCUGGAUACAACAGUGGAGAUACUUCUAUGUGAUGGCUUCCCUUUGGAACUUAAUCAUUUGGAAAAACAACAUGCUGGAUUACAUGGGCAUUUAUAUGAUCCAGGAGAGCUCUUUCCUUUACAUGGUGUAGUAGUAUCUGAUCCAGUCUUUGUGGUCUUUUAAAAGAAAGCUAGGUAUUGAUGAAGGAGCUCAUUUUGAGAACUCUAAAAAGUGUUAAAUGCCUUUUUAACAUUAGCCUGGAGAUAUCGUUCCCCUCAGAACAAGUCACCUUCUUAAAUUCUCAAAAAUAUGAAUGGCUUCCUAGAAAUGGAAAUACCAGUACUUCAAUACCUCUAGAAACUAAAAUUAGUAGCUGUUGAUGCAGGGAGGAAAUAGACAACCGCAACAGCCAGUUGGAGUGGAAAUAAAAGUCAUAAAGAAUCUUCUUUGUCAUUCUUUUCUUUUUGAAACUUUAAAUCCAUAAAAUAAGAAUGUAUGUCAGUCUCCUUACAAUCCGGGAAUGAUUUUGUUCUGUUAAAAGAAAUUGUUAAUGCCAUAUAUCUCUAGGGAAUUUUUAAAAAAAGACAAGAUAAAUUCUCCUUAUAUCACAAGAAAAAUAAGGUAUUUUUAU